AUGAAAGAUAGCGACGAUGGGCAGCCAGACGCUCUUAAUGUUGUGUUUCGCACUAUCGCCUUUGCCAUUAGCUUUGGCGGUGACACGGACACCAUCGGCACGAUGGCCGGCGCGAUAGCCGGUGCGUUUUAUGGUGAUGCCAACUUACCAGUUGAUUCGUUCAAGCGGAUGGAAGGAUCUGACUACUACAUCGAAGCGUCCGAGGUGAUAUUCAAAAUGCUCACUGAGAAGAACGUGGUUUAA